GGCCAUUGAUCGUAACAGAAUUUCUACAUUGGCCGGUAUUCACUGAUAUAUAGGCUCUAGAUACUAAUGGUCGGACUAUAUCUACUUGUAGUCGGGCCUCCCUAUUGUAAAAUGGUUCCGGUGUAGUGAUGGUGAAGCUGUAUUUGUGCCGCAAUUCCUCAGUAAUUGAUUCUAAUUCCUCAGUCUUUGAUCUCCAUACUAGAACUUGAUUCAGUUGCAAUUAAACUAGCUACUUGUUAAUUGUCUGCCAGGUAAGCCCCAUAGCAUAACUACUUCAAAUAUGAAUAGAGAAACAAUUGGUUCCAUUAAAAAACCGGACGCAAAUGAAAAAAAAAAAAAAGUACAGAAAAAAUCGUUACGCCAAUAUAAAUGAAUAUAAGGCAGAAACAUAGUUAUGGCCAUUGAAGGAUUAUGGAACAUUCUUAAAGAUGCUUUCGGUGAAAGGGUUUCCAUGCCAGUGCUUGUGUCUCAGUUUAUCGAGGUCCAUAAAAGAACUCCACGAUUGGCAAUUGAUGCCUACGAUAUGAUAUUCUCUAGUUCUCAAUCUGGUGAUAUAGAGAGUUAUGAAUCAUAUAACCAUAUUUUAAGGAAUUUUAUGGCGAAAUUAAUGUACCUUACUUCGCUUAAUGUGAGUUAUAUCGUUGUCUUUGACGGCUGUUUGAAACCCCAAAAAUUAAGGAAUAAUCCAGCUGAGUCCUUCAACGGUCUAGAAGGAAGAUUUUCAGAGCAAUAUCAUAAGGAAUGGGAAGAGUUUUCCAAGAUGGAUCGUAAGGAUUACUCCGAGGGAAGUGAUUUGAUUGAUAUCAUAAAACUUAAGCUUCAAUCCCACAAAAUUGAUUAUAUUCAAUCCCCAGGAGAAGCAGAGGCAGAAUGUUCUAUUUUACAACGAACUGGCAUUGUCGACUACGUAAUAUCUGAUGAUGGAGACUGUUUUGUAUUUGGAACAACGAAAUUACUCAGAAAUUUCAGGAAAUCAAUCGAUGAUUAUCUGGAAGCUAUGGCAAAAGAGUAUUACGUUACUCCAAUUACAUUAGAUGAUAUUAAAGCGAAGUUUGGACUUGACACCCAUAGACUUGUUCUUAUUGCUGCAAUAGGAACUGGCGAUUAUUCAAAGGGUGUUGCUCAGGUUGGGAGUAAACGAGCUAUGAAGAUAGCUCAAUGUGGAACUCCAUUUGCAGAAUAUCAUACGGGGUCUCCUUCGAAGAUUGAAUUGAAAGAAAGAAAAAGGCAAAAUAAACAUGAUCAAGGUCCGCUACCGGAUUUUACAAAACUAUUUAUCAAAUGUUUUUAUAAACAAACCGAUGGUGGGAAAGUUUUCGAUAUAUGGAGCAAUAUCAGAUCAUUUGAAGAGCGAAGACUCGCUUUGAUUAGUUUCAAUAGUCUAUUGAACUCAUACAUUAAGACAAGAUCAAGAGAAAUAUUUGGCAGGAAGUUUGAAACCAAGGAGACAUUGUUUAUAAUUGAUUAUUUUGCUAUGGUUUAUCUAUUUCCUCUUGUUUCUCCCAGUCUUUACAAAUUUUUACCCGGCUCACUAAGUUUUGGGGAAUGUCUGGCAAUAUCAAAUGAUAUACAAGUACCCUACGAUAAUACAAUUUUACUUACACAAGAGAGUGUCCCAAGAAUGAAUUCAGUUUACGAAGUACCCGAGCGUGAUAUUGGUAUACUGGAAUUACAAUUCAUGAAUAGUUCGGACCCAGAAAGUAAGCUAAAAGUUAUUUUCAACAACUUCAAUUCUUAUUCAGAUGACCACCUGCUAGACACAGACCAGCUCGGCUUACCGGACACCUUUGAUUAUAAUGUUAAAAAUAUCAUUGUUAAGCUUCUCAGUAAUCUUAAAGUUAGGACCGAUCUAAAAGAAUUCGUAUCGAUCACCCGUAUGAAAUCGGAAAAUGGCAUUCAGCUUUUAAUGGUGAAAUACCCGAAAUUCUUGAAAGAAAAAGUAUACCCUAAAUCUAUCAAUGAAGAUGAACCCCAAAAGUCCCCAGAAUCAAAGGACCUGAUGGAAUAUACUUGGUUACCAUUAAAUUUGAUUUAUUUAGUAAAUAAAGAAAUUGUUGAAAAGUUCAUUGAUAACUCUUCAGCAGAAACUUCACUUCGAAAGAAAAAUGUUCCUCGACAAAAACAGACAUUGGAUUCCUUUGGGAAAUUUCCUGCUUCUCCAACAAAAAGAUCAAAUAAGAGUAUAUCGAGCUCAAUUAACUUGUUUUCUAGCUCACCUCUGAAACUAAACUUGCAGGCCUCUCCAUCUAAAAGAUCACUUCCCAACUCUCCUACUAGAAACAGAAAAAGGAACUCGUUAACCUUGGAUCCAAACCAGAAACCAGUCACAUCCUAUUUCACUGAUGCAAAUCCAUUUAUUGAUAAGCACGAUCUAGAAAGAAACAAUCCAUUGUUCCUCUCCUUAUCAGAUUCUGAUACAGAUGAAGAUACAUACCAGGGCCGGAAGAGAAGUACCCGGCGCCUUAUGACAGAUCGAAGAGUGUUAAAUAGACCACCACCUCUUUUGCAACACAACAGCUCCCUAGAGCCACCUUCUCCAUCCAAAAAAUCACCAUCGAAAAGGAGAACCACAGACCUUUCUAAAAGCUUUCAUGGAAGCCCUUCUAAGAAAAGCCGAACACAUCCUUAUCUGAGCUCCCCAGAUCUCAAACUAUCAAUGCAAAAAUCAAGCCCAAAGUCCCAUAAAUCGAAUACUUCGGCCAAAGAUGAAAUAAUCGAAAUAUCAGAUACAACACUAGACAAAUCUGAUUUAGAUACAAAUAACGAACCUUCCAUCCAAGAAAUACUGCAAGACCAUUAUGUAGAAUCAAAAGCAGAACCAACGGCUAAAGCUGACAAUAAAGUUGGAACCGAUAUUCUUGAUAAACUAAUGGACAUUUCAGAAACCUCUUUUUCAGACUAAUAAUAUCUCACGACUAACGAACACUAUUUAUUCAUAAUUCUCUCUUUGGCUCAACUGAAUAAUAUAACCUCUUG